AUGAACGGCAGCAACGCCUCCGGAGACGGGGGGUCGUCAGGGAGCGGCGGCCUGUGGGUGACGUCCCUGCUGGGCGCCGCCCUGCUGGUCAUGUGGCUGCUGGGCGUGGCGGGCAACGCGUACACACUGGUGGUCACGCGGUCGGCGGCGCUGCGCCGCACCGGCUCGGUGUACGUGUACGUGGCCAACCUGGCGCUGGCCGACCUGCUCUACCUCUCCACCAUCCCCUUCGUGGUCUGCACCUACUUCGCCCACGACUGGCUCUUCGGCGAGGCGGGCUGCCGGGUCCUGCUGAGCCUGGACCUCCUCACCAUGCACGCCAGCGUCUUCAUCCUGGUGGCCAUGAGCCUGGAGCGCUACCGCGCCGUGGCCCGGCCCUUCGGCGCCCGCGACUCCACGCCGCGCCGACGCAAGCUGGCGGCCGCCGCCAUCUGGGCCACCGCCUUCGCGCUCACGCUCCCCAUGAUGGUGAUGAUCCGACUCCGCGAGGGCAAGCCGUCGCCGGCCGGAGUGGUCAAGCGCAUGUGCUUCCCCACCUGGACCUUGGAGGCCUUCAAAGCCUACGUCACCACCCUCUUCCUGACCAGCGUCCUCAUCCCUGGGCUGGUCAUAGUCGGACUCUACGCCGGCCUCGCCAGGCGCUACUGGGCGGCGCAGGCCCGACUGGCGGGGAGCCCCGGCUCGGCCAGGAGGCGAGGACUCAAGCAGCGGGUGGUGGUCAUGAUCUUCAGCAUCGUGGUGGCCUACUGGGCCUGUUUCCUGCCUUUCUGGGCCUGGCAGAUGGCCCAGCUCUUCUCGGCGGAGUCCCUCAAGGCUCUGUCCUCAUCCACCCACAACUACGUCAACUUCUUUGUCACCUGCCUCACGUACGGCAACAGCUGUGUCAACCCUUUCCUCUACACGCUCCUCACCCGCAACUACAAGGACUACCUGGCCCAGAAGGGCCACUCGACCGCUUCGAGCAGGACAGAACCUCUUUCUCCUGUAGCCCCGCCCCCGAGCACUCGUAGUUCAGGUGGAAGUCUCGACUAG